UUCAUUUGUCUUCAAUAAAGAUAGAAAAGAAGUUUUAUUUAUUGGGAUUAGAGAGAAAAAGAGAGAAGAGAGAUGUUGUUUGAAGCUAUCAACUUAGCAAUAAUGAGUUUACUUAUUUUGUUGGUGUUGUGGGUAUUGUUUUGCUGUUGGAUUUCGCCCUUUUUGGCGUACAAUAAACUGAAGAGAAAUGGGUUUGGAGGUCCAACGCCAAGUUUUCCUCUUGGAAAUAUUAGUGAGAUGAAAAAGAAGAACAAAAAUUGUUCUGUAUUAGAAUCUUCUCAAGUAACCCACAACAUACAUUCCACUGUGUUUCCUUAUUUUUCUCGCUGGCAAGCUUCCCAUGGGAAAAUAUUUAUAUAUUGGUUGGGGACAGAGCCGUUCUUGUACAUUGCAGAGCCAGAAUUUUUGAAGACAUUGUCGACAGAAGUGAAGGCCAAGUUUUGGGGAAAGCCUUCUGUGUUCAAAGAUGAUAGGAAAUCAAUGUUUGGAAAUGGUUUGGUGAUGGCUGAAGGUGAUCAGUGGGUUCGCCAAAGGCAUGUUAUUACUCCUGCAUUCAAUCCAUCCAACUUGAAGGCGAUGGGAAGCUUAAUGGUGGAGUCGACCACCGAAAUGCUGGAGAGGUGGGCCCGCAUGAUAAACUCCGGCGACCGGGAAAUCGAAGUGGAGCGAGAGAUCACGGCGACGGCCGGCGAGAUCAUCGCGAAAACCAGCUUCGGAAUCGACCACCGGAGCGGAAGGCAAGUGUUCGAGAAACUGAGGGCUCUUCAGAUGACACUCUUCAAAACGAACCGCCUCGUCGGCGUUCCGUUCGGCCGUCUACUUAACGCCGGCAAGGCGAGGGAGGCGGAGCGGCUCGGGGAGGAAAUAGACGGCCUUUUCGAGUCCGUGAUAACGGCGAGAAGGGAGGGGAAUAAUAAUCAGGUGCAGCAGGAUCUACUGAGCUUGCUUUUGAGAGACGACGGCGGGAGGAGAUUGAGUACGACGGAGCUGGUUGACGAGUGCAAGACGUUCUUCUUCGGAGGGCAUGAAACGACGGCGUUGGCUGUGACGUGGACUCUGCUGCUUUUGGGUAUCCAUACAGAGUGGCAAACGCAGCUGAGAGAAGAGGUUAAGGAAGUUCUUGGAAAUAAAGAGAGUGAAUUUGAUUUCUCCAACCUUGCCGGACUCAAGAAGAUGGGAUGGGUGAUGAGGGAGGUCCUCCGUCUGUACCCAUCAGCACCAAACGUCCAAAGGCAAGCCAGAAAAGACAUCACCAUAAACGGCCUCACCAUCCCCGACGGCACCAACAUGUGGAUCGAUGUCGUGGCGAUGCACCAUGACGAGGCCCUUUGGGGUGACAAAGUCAACGAAUUUCAUCCCGAAAGGUUCGAAAACGAUGCUGUUGCUGGUGGCUGCACCCACAAGAUGGGGUACCUACCCUUCGGGUUCGGAGGGAGAAUGUGCGUCGGAAGGCAUUUGACGUUUAUGGAGUAUAAGAUUAUGGUGGCACUGAUUUUGUGUAGGUUUUCCUUCUCUCUUUCUCCUGCUUAUCGCCACUCGCCUUCGAUUAUGCUAUCGCUCCGACCUGCUCACGGGUUGCCCCUCAUAUUCCAACUGUUGGAAACUUAGAGUUAGAGAAAUUAUUAGAAGAGACCACCCUAAUCUGAUCGGUAGUUUCAUAUUGCUAGAGAAUUACAAAAAUGUUUUGAAUUGACAUCUCAAUUCAAUAAUU